CUCGCCGCCGCAAACCCACGACGAUAAUUUGGCCACCAGUGCCUUUGACCGAUACCACCUCAGUCAAGAUGAAGACGACGUGGAAAGACAUCGCGCCGGUUCCGACCUCGCAGGAAUUCCUUGACAUCGUUCUCUCGCGCACGCAGCGUCGAUUGCCUACUCAGAUCCGUGCUGGUUUCCAGAUUCACCGAAUUCGCGCCUUUUAUAUUCGCAAGGUCAAAUUCACUUCAGAGACUUUCGCUGAGAAGCUUUCAGCGAUCUUGGACGGAUUUCCACGACUUGCUGACAUCCAUCCCUUCCACAAGGAUCUCCUCAACACCCUGUAUGAUGCCGACCACUUCCGCAUUGCACUCGGCCAACUCAACACCGCCAAAGGCCUGAUUGAGACGGUGGCGCGGGAUUACAUUCGUCUGCUGAAAUAUGGACAAAGUUUGUUCCAAUGCAAGCAGCUCAAGAGAGCUGCUCUCGGUCGCAUGGCUACGAUCUGUAAACGAUUAAAAGAUCCGUUGGUAUACCUCGAGCAAGUACGACAACAUUUGGGCCGUCUUCCAGGUAUUGACCCCAACACCCGAACCCUGCUCAUUUGCGGAUAUCCCAAUGUUGGCAAGUCAUCCUUCUUGAAAAACAUUUCUCGCGCGGAUGUGGACGUUCAGCCUUAUGCGUUCACAACCAAGUCGCUAUUCGUGGGACAUUUCGACUACAAGAUGCUCAGAUUCCAAGCCAUUGACACUCCUGGUAUCUUGGACCACCCAUUGGAAGAGAUGAACACAAUUGAAAUGCAGAGUAUCACGGCAAUCGCGCAUUUGCGCAGCGCUAUCAUGUACUUCAUGGAUCUAAGCGAGCAGUGUGGAUACAGUGUGCACGCGCAGAUGGCUCUUUUCCAGAGCAUCAAGCCUCUGUUCGCGAACAAGCUUGUGUUCAUUGUGGUGAACAAGAUCGAUGUGAUGCGACCUGAGGAUCUUGAUGCCGAGACACAAGAGAAACUGCAGGAUCUCUGCAAGAGUGGCAAUGUUGAGAUGUUGCAGCUUUCCUGCACCACCACAGAGGGUUUGAUGAACGUCCGAAAUGCCGUCUGCGACCGGUUGCUGGCAGAACGAAAUGCGCAGAAACUUGCGGCUGGUACAAAUGCUUCUGGUGAAGUCACAGGACGCCUAGGCGAUGUCCUCCGAAGAAUCCACGUCGCACAGCCGAUUGGCGGUGUGACCAGAGAGACCUUCAUCCCCGAGGCGGCGCUGAAGAAGAUCAAAUACGACAAGAAUGAUCCCAAUCGACCCAAGCUCAUGCGGGAUAUCGAGGAGGAGAACGGCGGUGCAGGUGUUUUUAACAUCAAUCUCAAGGACAACUAUCUGCUCGAAAACGACGAAUGGAAGUACGACAAGAUUCCUGAAACUCUCGACGGCAAGAACGUAUAUGAUUACAUCGACCCUGAAAUCGAUGCUAAACUUGCUGCCUUGGAGGAAGAGGAAGCCAGACUGGAAGCCGAAGGAUAUUACGACAACGAAGACGAAGAAGAGCUCGAGGAUGCUGAAGAUGCUGACACUGCCUACAAAGCCGAGCUCAUCCGUGAGAAGCGUCAACUCAUCCGAAAUGCUGCAAAGCUCAAGAAAUCCUCCAUGCGCAACAAGCCCCAAAUCCCACGUUCCAAGAAGGCCAUCGAACUCGAGAAGAUGGAAUCGGCGUUGGAAACGGCCGGAUACGACACCUCUGCCAUCGCCGCUCGCGCCCGCUCGCAAUCGCGCGCCCGUGGCCGCAGCAGGCCACCGACCGAUGCAGGCUCCACCGCCGACGCCAUGGACGUGGAUGGUGCAGAGUUGGACAACACACCGAAGGCGCGUUUCGCGCGCAGCAUCCAGAGCACCAACCGCCGCGACGACGGAAUUUACGAGGAGUUCGCGAGCAAACAUCACGAGGGGUUCACAAGGAGUUCACGCGACACCGUUUCUGCCAAAUGUCUCUUUAGCUGUAAAUGACUUCUUCAAGUGGUCGCGAAUGCGGAGGUCCGGAUGUCUCGUAAUAUUGAUUCCUUAUGUACCUAGGUGGGCAUUGCUGGUAAAGUCAAGCCUCUUCAUCUGUUAGCGGAAGGGCAACAAUAUGGCAAGCAAAACGCUGCGAUUUUACGAGGAGUUCACGAGGAGUUCACGAGAAACCGUUUCUACUAAACAUUCUUUUAGCGGUAAAUGACGACUUGGUCUCGGAUG